GAGCCAACCUGGACAUGUUUGAUGAGGAGCAGAGAACACCACUGAUGGCGGCCUGUGAAAACAACCAUUUGGACACAGUGAAGUACCUGCUGAGAGCUGGAGCAGCUGUCAGCCACAAGGAUGUCAUGGGAUUCACCUGUCUGCAUUUGGCAGCUAAAUUGGGACAUUAUGAUAUAGUCCAUCAUCUGCUCUCCAAGGCUUCCAAAUUCAUCAACUGUCAGGAUGCUGGUGGAUGGACUGCCAUCACCUGGGCCAUCGAGUACAAGCACAAGGAGCUGGUCCACCUGCUGCUGGCCAGAGGGGCCGAUGUAAACAUCAGGGACAAGGAAGAGAAUGUCUGCCUGCACUGGGCGGCUUUGUCGGGCUGUGAUGACAUCGCUCAAGCUCUGCUGGAGGCUCGAUGCGACCUCAGUGCUGUCAACGUUCACGGUGACUCACCGCUUCAUGUUGCUGUGAGAGAGAACCACCUGGAGUGUGUGAUGUUGUUUCUGUCUCGUGGAGCUGACGUCAAUCAGAGGAACAGGGAGGGAGAGACUGCUCUGGACUGCUGCGUCUACGGCUCCAAGGUGUGGACAGCCCUCAACACCAACAAAAAGCUGACUGAUGCCAGGAGAGCCAGGGACUUUCAUGGAGAAAGAGUGCUCAGCAGGGACAUUUCUCGGGGGUACGAGGCAGUUCCUAUCACCUGUGUCAAUGGUGUUGACAACGAGCCGUGCCCUGAAAAUUUUAAAUAUGUACCAGACAACUGUGUCACCUCCUCACUGAACAUAGACAAGGACAUCACUCACUUACAGCACUGCAGCUGUACAGAUGACUGCUCAUCCAGUGCCUGCAUGUGUGGUCAGCUCAGUCUACGAUGUUGGUAUGACAGCGAGGGUCGACUACCACUGGACUUCUGUCAGCGGGAGCCCCCAGCGCUGUUUGAGUGUAACCACAUCUGCUCUUGCUGGAAAACCUGCAGGAACCGAGUGGUCCAGAAUGGACUGAGAGCCCGGCUGCAGGUCUUCAGGACACAGAAGAUGGGCUGGGGAGUGAGGGCCAUGCAGGAUAUCCGUCAAGGAACAUUCAUUUGCGAGUAUGUCGGGGAGAUCAUCACUGACGCAGAGGCCGACAAAAGGGAGACUGACUCUUUCCUCUUCACCCUUGACAAUAAGGUGGGAGACGUACACUGUAUUGAUGCGAGACUCUUUGGCAACGUCAGCCGCUUCAUCAACCAUCUGUGUGAGCCCAACCUGCUGGCUGUGAAGGUGUUCACCAUGCACCAGGAUCUACGUUUCCCCAGGAUAUCCUUCUUCUCCAGCAGGCCCAUCAAAGCUGGAGAGCAGAUAGGGUUUGACUAUGGUGAUCACUACUGGAGGGUGAAGAGCAAGUACUUCACCUGCCAGUGUGGUUCCCUCAAGUGUCUCCACUCAGCUGCUAGCAGAUAGAAACUCACUGAUGACCACUGAUCCCUCUUCCUGCCUGGACACAGUCUUCUGCUGUGACAUCUCUAAUGUCAGAAACACUGCCUUCUGAACCAGACACCAUCUAAGAGUGAUGCUUUGAAAAUGGAUAUAAAAAGGAUUUCACUUGAAUUCCCAAUUUUAAACCAGCAAAUGAAAGAUAAACAUUGUUAAAAUUUGUCAUCUCAGAGCACAGGAUCUAACUUAUUUAUACACCUAAUACGGUAAGGUAAAUAAGGUUUUCUAUAAACAGAACACUUGCCACCAGUUUGAAAUACUGUACAUAUGAGUGGGUUUAACAAGUUUUAAAGAGCCAGCGGUCUGGUUAAAACAUCUUAACAUGUGAUUUUACAUUAAUGGACUCUUCUUUUAAUACUACAAAGUGUAAUAUUUGUGGAUUAAUGAAGUGAAGUAAUGUUUGUUUGGAAGUCCGAUCUCUUCUGUAAUCAUGCUUUUUACUGCAUAUCGAUUUAGCAAUUAAACACAUUUUUAAAGCAUCA